AUGAAGCUGAACAAUUUACUUCUUGUCUUUGUUUCUUUGCAUUUAAUUAUCUGCCUGUCUUACGUGUUUUCUGAUUUUCUCAGGUUCUCGAAGCCGGCACCAAUGUUCUUGGAUGAUUCCUUCAGGAAAUGGGCUCGUAUCAGGGACUUUGUACCCCCCUUUGGAAUUAAAGGACAAGAUAAUCUGAUCAAAGCCAUCCUGUCAGCAACCAAAGAUUACCGCCUAACUCCAGCUCUUGACAGUCUCAGCUGCCGGCGAUGUAUUAUUGUGGGAAAUGGUGGAGUACUUGCAAAUAAGUCAUUGGGGUUAAAAAUCGAUGACUAUGAUGUUGUUGUCAGGCUGAACUCUGCGCCAGUGAAGGGCUUUGAAAAAGAUGUGGGUGGCAAGACAACGCUCCGGAUCACAUAUCCCGAAGGUGCAAUCCAGAAAAUGGAGCAGUAUGAGAAGGAUUCCCUGUUUGUUCUGGCAGGAUUCAAAUGGCAGGAUUUCAAGUGGCUGAAAUACAUUGUUUACAAGGAGAAAGUGAGUGCCUCUGAUGGCUUUUGGAAGUCAGUGGCAACCCGUGUCCCAAGAGAACCUCAUGAGAUACGUAUCCUGAAUCCCUACUUCAUCCAGGAGGCAGCUUUCAGCUUCAUCGGACUGCCUUUCAACAAUGGCCUGAUGGGCAGAGGGAACAUCCCCACCUUGGGAAGCGUAGCAAUAACCAUGGCGCUCCACAACUGUGAUGAGGUGGCGGUAGCUGGGUUUGGCUAUGACAUGAGUUCACCCAAUGCACCGCUGCACUACUAUGAGAACAUCAAGAUGUCUGCCAUCAAAGAGUCCUGGACACACAACAUCCAGCGGGAGAAGGAGUUCCUGCGGAAGCUGGUGAAAGCCCGAGUCAUCACUGAUCUAACCAGUGGGAUCUGAGUGGCAGCAGCCACUGCCUCCCAGGGAGGAGACGAAGAUGCACGCUGCAGCUCUGGGAGCAGGCACUGGCAGCCCCCCGUAAGAAUCCCACCUCACUGAAGACACACAGAGAUGCCCAAGUGCUCUGGGAAGACCCUCUCGCAUUGCCAGUCUGCACAAGGGUUGCAUCUGCUGCCUCCUGGCCUAGAGCUGGCAGGAGGUGGGCAAGGGGCUGAGUGGGCAGUUCUUGAACUCUGCAUCGCAGAUGGAUCUUCUGUGUCCUGAAUUAAACAGGAGAGACUCAGGAGAGAGAAGAAAGGUUUGUGAAUAAAACGAUUUGUGCCAAAUGGGAGGCGAUGCUGCCCCGAGGCAGCUAUGCCUGAAUGUACAAAGUAUUAUUUUUUAAAAGAAACUCUGCUGGAAUCACACUAGAAAUACCAAGGUGCAAGGCAAAGACUGCUUGUGCACAGCCCUGCGAAACACCUGGCCUCUUCGUGCUCCAUCUGCGUUGUCAUCGGCCUCAGACCUUUCCCCAGGAAAACAAAUCCAUCCAAAACUUCGGUGGUGUUGGUGCUGCUAUAAUUUGGAGGGAGAAUAAUGUCUUUCCCUCAUCCUCCACUUGGAGCUUCUGGAUGGAGAUGAGCAUGGGUUUGUUUUUCUGCACUUUUCCUUGCUUCCUCUGUAGAGGCAGCAGCAGCCGCCCCUUACUUGGCUGCAUUUUCCAUAGCCAUUUGUUCUGCCUCUGCUCUGACCCCAAGGUGGAGUGGGGAGCCCAUGGCUUUCUCUGCCUGCCUCAGACCUUCCCCACCUUCCUGCCUGUCAUGGCACUGAGGAGCCUGCCUUGUUGUGCUCAAGGCUUUCAGGCCUCUUGGUUUAUGCCUGCUGUGCAGGGCCCCUGUGGAGUUCGUACAGAUUGGUGUCACCAUUUCUGGACAGCAUCUUGCUUUAUUUUUGUGUGGGAGAGGAGUAAAUUAUUCUUUGGAAGGAGAUCAGAUCUUGCAUGGAGAUCUACAGCUUUACAGCUUGAGAGCAGGCCACUGAAGAAGUUCGUUUUACUUUCCAGACUUGAUCAUGUUCCCUAUUUAAGUGACGUGUGACCUCAGUCAUGAUGGAGCCUGCUGGCACGGGUGGAAGCCUGCUGGGAACCCUCACCCGCUGCUCGACCUCUGCUCACUUCAUUUCCAAGCUCCUCCCGUGCUGACCUAGCACUGCUGCUCCUCCUGCUCUCAGGAGCACAUCCCUUCCUUUGCCGUCUUGGUUCCAAGAUGCAGUAUUUGCACAUUUGAUUUGUAUACUUAUUUCAGAGGAGCUGGAAUAAACUGAGCAACGUGGCCAAGUGUGAGGACAGCAGGGUGGUCUAAUCCACGUGGAGAAUGUGGGCAGAAGGGGGAUUGCCAGGGG